AUGCCUGCUUCUGCUGCUCCACCAGCAGCAACAUCAUCACCAUCAGCAACUCCUGCUGCUGCUGCUCCUCCUGCUACAGUUCCUCCUCCUCCUGCUGCAGCUCCUCCUCCUGCUGCAGCUCCUCCUGCUGCUGCAGCUCCUCCUGCUGCUGCAGCUCCUCCUGCUGCAGCUCCUCCUGGUGCUGCAGCAGCAGGGGAAGCUAUAUCCAGGCCUGCAGUGACGGGAGACAAAGCUGUAUAUACACCAGACAGCAGCAGCAGCAGCAGCAGCAGCAAAUUAGCAGACACAAACACUGCAGCAGGAGCAGGAGCAGGAGCAGCAGGAGGAGCAAGCUGCAGCAAGGAGCAGGAUACCAAUGCAUCUGUACAACAAGACACAGCAGCAACAGGAGCAGCAACAGCAACAGCAACAGCAACACCGCCACCACCAUCAGCAGCAAAAGGAGGAGGAGACGCAGCAGCAGCAACAGCAGCAGGAGCAGAAAAACGACCUUGUUCUGCUGCAGCAGGAGAAGAAGACCCAUCAGCAGCAUCAGGAGCAGCAGGAGCAUCAGGAGCAGCAGGAGCAGCAGGAGCAGCAGGAGCAGCAGGAGCAGCAGGAGCAGCAGGAGCAGCAGGAGCAGCAGGAGCAGCAGGAGGAGCAGGAGGAGGAGGAGAAGGACAUUUACAAGAAUUAGCAAUAGAGGCAGCACAAUUAGCAGCAAUAAAGGAGACAAAUAUAGCAAUAAUUAUAUUAUUAUUUGCUGCUGCUGCUGCUCUUUUCUUUGAUUUAUAUCUUAUGUAUUGCUGCUGGAGUUAUAAGAUCUGGAUGGAGAGAGGAUACGAGGCUGUAGUACUUGCAGACACUGCAGAUGGAGACUUAUACACAAGAAGGUAA